CAGGGUGGGGGUAGGGGGAACCAGGCCCAGGAGGGUGGGAGUCUCAGCUUGAAUGUGCCUUGGACCUAGAGGCUGAGGCAGUGUGAGAGAGGGAGGUGCCCAGGGAGGCCGCUCCGCCUGUAAACAGGCCCCCUCUCUCUGCCCGCCCCUGUGGCAUUCCUAAUUGUUGAUGAUUGACUCACCCUCACUUCAAAGGCUUGGGCCAAGUUCAGCUAUCUAACCUGCUGCACCCCACAUCACUCUGGAAUUCUGCUCUGCGGGGAGCUGGUGCCCCACCUGCGGACCUGCUCCUCACCUGGGCAGGUGCCUCCUCCCGGCUUCGGCACAGCCCCUCCAGGGCUAUGUCCUCUGCCCUGGCCCCAGCCAUGGCCGUGCAGGUGCCCCUGUGGCACCACUACCUGCAGGCCAUCCGCUCGCGGGAGGCCUCCCGAGCGCAGGACUACCAGCGUGCAGAGAACGUGCUGCUCACCGUGCUGGAGCGCGUGCAUGCCCAGGACCCCCGCUUCCUUGUGGAUUACUCCCGGGACCUGGAGGCCUUGCAGUUUGCCCUGCGCUCCUCGGACAGCCCAGUGGACAUGGAGGUGCCUCUGAGGGUGGACGCGGAAGCCCUCCUGAGUGAGGAGCCAGGGGCCGGCGAGAUGGGCGAUGGCCCCGUGACCUGCCGCCUGGGUGUCCCUAGAGAAGGGGCCGGCUUGGAGCAGUGGGUGACUGCCGAUGUCUUCACCGCCUCCUUGAACAGCAGCGCCAAGUGCUGCGGCCACAUUGUGCCCAGCAAGGUCCUGCACGUCCUCAAGGACCUUCUGGUGGCUGCCAUCGUGCACUGCAAGCACCAUGGCCUCAUCACGCCAGGUUCUCUGAAGGCGGACAGCCUGCGGGAGGAGGCGCUUCACCUGUCGCUGCUGGUGUCCAGUGGCUGGAGGACAAUCCGCUUCAACGUGGUGCCCGUGGUGCGGUGGAAGCACAAGGUGCCUGUCCUGGAGGGGGCCCAGCGGGCGCCCGGGUUCCCUGAAGGCAGCUUGAAAAGGAUCAUCAGUCAAGAGGUAGCCCUGGUGCCCGCCAGCGCCCAGCUCUGGAGGGUCUCCAUGGACUACCUGCUCACCAGGCUGCUCAGCGCACUGGGCUCCCUGCCGGGCCACCGCCUGGACAGCCUCUCCAUCCUGGACCGGGUCAACCACGAGAGCUGGUGCGACAGCGGCCAGAGCCCCGGCCUCACCUUUGAUCACCUGAAGGCUGUGCUGCUCUGGGCCUCAGUGCUCUUCCCGGCGCCCGAGGACUGGGAGGAGCUGCAGGGCGCUGUGUACCGCCUGCUCGUGGUGCUGCUGUGCUGCUUGGCCACCAGGAACCUGCCCCACUUCCUCCACCCCGAGCACAACCUGCUGCAGGACACCAGCCUGGACCUCAAUGCCCUCUACCAGCGCGUGGAGCACUUCGCCAGCCAGCCUGAGGCGUCCCUGCGCAUCCACGUCACCCACCUGGGCCGCAGCCCCCCGCCGCGCAUCGGCCACGGGGUCAAGGCGCUCCUGCAGCUGCCCGCCAGCGACCCCACCUACUGGGCCACCGCCUACUUUGAUGUCCUGCUGGACAAGUUCCAGGUCUUCCACAUCCAGGAUAAGGACCGGAUCUCGGCCAUGCAGAGCAUAUUCCGGAAGACCAAGACCCUGGGCGGCGAGGACAGCUGAGUGGGUGCCUGGGCUCUGCCGCUGCUGCACUGCCCCACGGAAGCUCCUGGGACACGGGCAGAGGCCUUCACCUUGAGGCGGGUGGUGGGUCUUGGAGGGACUUUGUCGGGGGAGGCGGGGGGGUGGCCUCAUGGGAGUCUAAGAGUGCAGGACAGUGGGCCCCUGGGAGCAGCUGCCUCAUCUCCAGGGGUGAGGGGCGUGUGCUUCUUGUGUCCAUCCACCUGCGUGGUGCCAUCAAGACUCAGAAAACUCAGUGUCUGGACCUGAGGACUCGUCCCGUCUGUGUCAAAUGCCACUCCAUGAGGUGAAAUACUACGUGUCUGAUCUGGAAUAAAUUAAUGCACUCCCAGGGAA